AUCGACUACUACCGAAUACCAUAUAUUGGUGGGUCCCACCCACCCACCCUUCUUAUGAAAACUUGUAGCCAAGCCCCAACACCGCAAAUCGACCCUCUUUCCGUCUCCACCACAAGAAUCACAUUCACAAGUUAACAUAAUAUUUAGUGUUGUGGUGGCACCAUGAACUUGGGGUUUCUUGGUGACAUACCUUGGGUUAAACCUCGGAGUAACCAAGAUUCAGCAAUACAUUUAGUUCAAACCACUGCAUUUACUUCACAAGUCAAACAUGAAUCAUCUGGUAUUGAUAUUGAUCCCAAAUUUACUCCAGAUUCAGCGACUCAUUUAGUUCAAAAAGCACAACAAGAGUCAUCUGUUAAUGAUCCCAAGUUGUUAGGGUGGCCCUUGUCCUUCCUUUCAUUAUUUCCAUGGACAAAUAAAGAUGGAGAAAAGUUUCAAAGACCAACUACGAUCAAUAAAGAGUUGAAGAGGCAUGCACAAAAUCGCGAAAACGUUGUUGGAAAAGAUAAUAUGGCCACCCCUUUGCGCUUUAGGCCUUAUGUUUGUAAGGUUCCAUGGCAUACAGGGGUUAGAGCAUUUCUUUCACAGUUGUUUCCUAGAUAUGGACAUUACUGUGGACCUAAUUGGUCAAGUGGGAAAGAUGGGGGAUCUCUUGUUUGGGACAAGCGUCCAAUUGAUUGGUUGGAUUACUGCUGCUAUUGCCAUGAUAUAGGAUAUGAUACUCAUGAUCAAGCUAAACUGCUGAAAGCUGAUUUAGCCUUUCUUGAGUGCCUAGAGAAUCGCCAUAUUAUGCGUACUAAAGGAGACCCUCACAUUGCUCAUCUUUACAAGACAAUGUGCAUUAAUGGUCUUAAGAAUUUUCUAAUACCCUACAGAACAAAUCUCGUAAGUCUACAACAGUCAGGACGAUCAUUGAUCCAGUUUGGAUGGCUAAGCAAUUUGAAAUGGAGGAGUUGGAACUACCAAAAAGAAUGAAAAUUUAGUAAAUGGGGGAACCUAAGAGCUACAAAUUGUGAAUUACAUCUAAUUUUGAAAGCACAUGGCCUUGUCACCCUUAAUAUAUUCCAUGUUCCUUCAUCAAGAGUAUGCUUCUUUCUUAUAAUCUUUUUGUAUAUAAUAUAUCCUGCCCAUAGCUUGUUUGUAAAUUGUGAGUUGUGUGGUUCUCGUGAGUUUAGCUCAGUUGGUAUGGACAAUGCAUAAUACAUGCAAGGUCCGGGUUCAAACCCCAGCCACCACCAAAAAAAAAUUUGUGAGUUGUGGUUGGGCUUGACGCAUUCUCUUUUAACAAGAUUGUCUGUGGGUGUAUAAUGAGCUUGAUGCCAUACCACAAAGUAACUUUGUUUUUAUGAAAUCAGUAGCUUGUCUCAUUGCUUUA